UCUUUGUAGUUUUGAUCAACGUCAUGAUGCCAACAUAGAUAGGCGUUAGAGGGCAUAAGCUAAAACUAUAAAUGUUGUGAGCAUCAAUGAAAUGGGCACCAUUCGAAUCUCUUAUACCGAACGAGGAACAGGGAAACCGAAUAUCUAGCAACACAAUGAAAAUCUUCUUAAUUGGAUUGGCAAUUAUCGCCGCUGUUAGUGCCGGCGCACCAUCAAGUGACUACCUUCCUCCAGUUGAGGAAGUUGUUGGAAGCAACUUGUUGGAAGCUGAGCCAGCGCACACAUUGGUUGAAGAUGGUUACCGUUACAGGACCGUGAAGAGGUUCCGUCAUCGUCGUGAUGUCAACGAACUUCCAGCUUAUGAAUACUUGCCCCCAACUGGAAAUCCUUUCAAUCCAGUCAUUCAACAAUCGGUGGAACUAAGUGCUCCAGUACAGUUUUCUGCUCCAUCAAAUGAAUACAUUCCCCCACCAGCACCUGUGAGCUUCCAGGCUCCAGCUCCAGUCCACCAUCAUCACCAUGCUCCAGCCCCAGUUUUUCAAUCUGGUCCAGCACCAAUCUUCCAAUCUGCUCCAAUCCAAGCCCACCAUCAUCACCAUGCCCCAGCACAAAUUCAAAUCUCUGCUCCUUCAAACGAGUACAUUCCUCCACCAGCACCAGUGAGCUUCCAAGCACCAGCUCCAGUACAUCAUCAUCAUGCUGCCGCUCCCGCUCCAGUACAUCAUCAUCAUGCUCCAGCUCCAGCUCCAGUGCAACAUUACCAUGCACCAGCUCCAGCACCAGUUCAGCAUUACCAUGCUCCUGCCCCAGCUCAUGCCCAUCAUCACCACCACGGCCCUGCACCAAUCCAGAUUUCUGCUCCAACCAAUGAAUAUAUUCCACCACCAGCACCCGUAAGCUUCCAGGCUCCAGCUCCAGUGCAUCACCAUCAUGCUUCAGCUCCAGCUCCAGUGCACCAUCAUCAUGCUCCAGCUCCAGCUCCAGUGCAACAUUACCAUGCACCAGCUCCAGCACCAGUUCAGCAUUACCAUGCUCCCGCUCCAGUUCAACACUACCAUGCUCCUGCCCCAGCUCCCGUCCACCAUCACCAUCACGCCCCAGCUCCAGUUCAGUUUUCUGCCCCAUCAAAUGAAUAUAUUCCCCCACCAGCACCAAUAAGCUUCCAGGCUGCAGCUCCAGUGCACCAUCAUCACCAUGCUCCAGCUCCUGCAGCUGUUUACCAAUCUGCCCCAGCUCCUGUCCAUCAUCAUCACCACUCUGCCUCAGUUCAAAGCUAUGAACCUGCACCAGCACACAGCCUCCAGGCUGACGGUUACCAUUACAAAACAGCCCGUCGUUCAUAAAUUUAAAAAUUUAAAGUAAGGAAUAAGCAAGAAGGCUUUAUUUUACGGUAAAGACGUACAAAAUUUAAACAAAAAAAAUUAUUAAUAAAUGAAAUAAUAUUUAUAUAUAAAA